CCGUCAAACAGGAGGUACACUUUAGCGGUGAGAGGUGCUAGUGUUUACCUGCUAGCUGUGCUGCAAUGGUGUGAACGACCUCCAGUAGUUUCUUAGUCCUACUCGAGCAGUGAAAGAGCAAAGACAGAGCAGCCAGCCAGCGGCUAACAGCCAUGUCCAACCGCCUGGCCUUCCAGACCCAGCUGGCCUCCAUCAUGGAGGUCCUAGCAAACGCAGCGGUGGCGGAAAUCUGUAAGCUGGUGGACGACGACUACGCGGUGGUGAGGUUGCAGAUGUCUCAGUGCCAGAGAGAGAACAAGGCCCUGAAGAGGAAACUACACCUGCUGGAGCUGAAGAUGGCCCGGGGAAAUGCCGAGAGGAGGCUCCGGGAGAGUGCCCUGAACAGCAGCCGGCCGAGGGUGCAGAUAAACGGCAGCGACAGGCUCCGGGAGCCCUCCACCCCCGCCGGUGACGUGUUUGACCAGCAGAGGGAGGUGCUUCUGUGGUCGAGCGGAGACGUAACCAGUGAACUGAUCCUGUCUGAAAGCAUGCACAGUAAGUCUCCAGAUGUGGAGUUGGUGGAGCCGGAGGCAGUGCUGGUGAAAGAGGAGAAGGUGCAGGCAGCCACGUCUCGAGAUGAAGAAGCGGAGCAAAGUACGUCACUUAUAGGAGAUGAUGGGCUGAUGGAGUGUGUCCCUCAUGGAGCUGAAGGUCAGAUGCCUGGCCCCGAGGACCAGGACGCCCAGUCCGUGUCUACUCGGUCCCAGUCGCAGAGCCAGGCGUGCAGGACGAAGCUUACCGGCAGCAGAGGAGUGGAGAAGGAUGAGGAGCCAGAUGUGGUGCUGGUGAAGGUGGAGGAGGUGGAGCCGAUGACGAGACCUCAGAACCGGCCGUGCCUCAGCAUACAGGAGGGGUUGGUGGAGUCCAGUACAGACGACUACAGAGGAGUGCUGUCCUUUGAUGAAACCACACAGAUGUCCACCAAUCAGCCGUCCGACCUGCAGGACUCUGGGCGGGGCUUCUCAGAGGUUGCAGCACCUCAAAUGACCCCUGCAGAAUCAGAAGAUAUCAGCAGCAUUGUGGCGGUCCAGCUGAGGGUACCAGACACCAACAUGCCAGCCAACCCAACCGAGCAGCAGCAGCGAUGCAGCAACAACCCCACGAGCUCUGACUACUCUCUCUUUGAACUGGAAACCUUCUUCACCCGCUGGGCCCCGGAUAGUGACCCUGUGUCAACUCCUGGUGGCUCUUCAUGUGCAUUUGUUGCUAACAAGUCAACUGAACGUGACCAGGAUAGAGUUGUUAUCAUAGACACUCGUCGACAGCCUUGGCAAGUGCUCGAUCCACCACAGACCUCGACAUCCUCGGCGUUGAAGCCGAGCGGAGGGCAGAGUUUCUCCUCUGCAGGCCGUCCGUCUGCAUCACAGGGGACUUCUGCGCCCACGUCUUUGAGAAUGCAGGAUCCAGGAUCUUCCCAGCCUUCCUGGAGGAGAACAUCAGCACAGGCUCAAGUGCUGCAGCAGCAGCUUCAAAAUGGCAACACUUACUCUCAACAGGAAAGCACCAUUCCUCCCUCACAGAUCACACCGUCCUCCAGCACAGGUGCUGUCAGUAAAACAGGUGGAGUUACAAAUAAAACCAAGACAGCUGGGACUCCACAGUCCUCUCUAUCAGUCCGGGGAGCCAUAGCACCGCUGGCCAGCACUGAGGUGGCCAUCGCCCCACAGCAUCGGACAACUCUCCUCACUAACCUUAAUAAAAAUCGUGCCGCAUGCACGUUGCCCGCAGAGCGCCGCAGGAAGAGUUACGUAUGUGGAGCCUGCGGAAAAGCUUUCUCUGGCCUGUCCAAUCUAGAGGUCCACAAGAGAGUGCACACAGGCGAGAAGCCUUUCCGCUGUGACACUUGUGGGAAGCACUUCUCUGAGGCUGGAAACCUGAAAAAACACCAAAGGGUUCACACGGGGGAGAAACCCUUCAGCUGCAACCAGUGUGGGAAGAGCUUUGCUUGGAUCUGCAACUUGAGGACACACCAGCAGUCUGCCACAGGCUGUGGAGCGCAAGCCGGGGGAGGGCUGUAACUGCUGAUGCUGUUAUUAUUUGCUUGAUUCAAAGUGUAGUAUAACUCUGCCCGGUGACAGUUUUUUGUGUCCCUGGUUAUAGUUGACCCAGUUUAGCUCUUUCUCUGUGUUCCUGUGGACGUUUUGAAACUUUUCCUUGGGUCCUCAGAGAGCCUCUCCAUGGAUGCAUGGCACACCCUAAAGAGAGUGCCAGCUCUCCAGGACGUAUACACUUAAAGAAAAGAAGAGAAACUGAAUGAGCUUCACUGAACAGAGGAGGUGGCUCACGACAACAGCUAUCAGUGGCCUAAAAUGCAGGGAUUUCAACCCCCAGUCAUACCUUGGCUCCUGUGACUGUAAUAAUGCCUUCGCUCAUGACCAUUAAUGACCCACAUGGUUACAGUAAAAGGUUCUCAGGACCACCGCUGAGGUGACAACCUUGCUAACGGUUAAAAACGUCUGUUUUACAUCUUUAACAUCAUCUUUACCAACCAAAGAAUUCCACUUUCCAAGCCUGCGGGACAUUUCACUAAAUAUUGUAUUUUUGAGCCUGUAUAUAAACGUGAUCCUGUGAGCAUUACAGAAAAUCCAAACUAAACUCAAACUCUCGUUUUUCACUCACUGAAGCUGUAUGCUGGACAGUUAUUUCACCUCAAAAAAGAAAAGUUCACAGAGACGAUUACAUGACAUUCAUCGCCAUGAUGAGUAGUUGGAAACGUUUGACCACGAUGUGUAUUUGACCACAGUGGGAACAUAAUCAGACUGAAUUUAAGAGCAUAUAAAGUCUCCUGUGACCAUCCUCAUCAGAUCUAAUGUGGUGCUUUCUGCUCUUUUCAUUCUUUCCUGUGGGAUAGUUGCCCUCUCUCUUAUUCUGUGGUGAAUUUUGAAAUCUUCCACUUUCACAGAGUUAAUAAAUAAACUGGAGGUGUAGGCAAUUCAUCUAGAGGGGUUAAACUCUUCAUCCACGGAAGCCUGAAGUCUGUGCUACAGCUGACCUGUAGGCUGUAAAGAAGAACACAAAACAUUAUUUAUCAGAUCCUAACUCAUCCGCAUAUUGAAGUUCUACAGUAACUGCAUUAUUUGUUUUUUCUCUUAGUGUAGUGCAUUGCUAGAUAUUUGUUAAAGACAAUACUACAUACUGUACGAUCCAGGCAUGAGUCUCAUUAACUGUUGUUUCGAGAGAUCCUUCCACGCUGUGGAUCACCGACACUACCUCACUGAUUUGGGUGAUUUGUGGUGUUGCAGAGCUGUGUCACUGCACUUGUGCUCAUUAUCGACCAAUUUCUAGGAUUUGACUAAAAAUCUUAAACACUGAAAAUCUGUCAGUUAACUUUAAAACUAUCUUGCCUGCAGGCGUCUCAUGCUACAAACACAUAUUUCAAACAUAUUAACUGCAAAGAUAAUUGUAUCCAUGUGUCACGGUGUGGACUCAAAGAUAAGACUCUGAGCUAAAGUCAGUUAAAUAAGUUUUAUUGGAGAAAGAACUUCAACGCUGACGGGAUCACAGGAGCUCUGCCAGAGAAGAGAGGGAGUGACUUGUGAUGGCUGGUGAGUGUGUGUGGGGGGGGUCCAGAGUGUUGGCAGGUGGAGGAGGUAGUGAGUGGACAGGUGGGAGCUGGGAGGCUUGCUGAUUUACUGAAGCAGUUCACAGAGUGCUGGUAAGUGUUCUUCCAAACAGGAAAGGUCCAAAGUGGCCUCCAAGUGGGAUAACUGCUGGGACGCACAGAUGGCACGUCAACACCGACAUUUUCAAGAUUAAUACAAGAAAAUGGUGACCUUUCACCGUGGUGAAUGUCUGGCACCAGCUGUUCUUGACUUGGCAGCUGAAACAAUGAGAAGAGACCCCACCAGAAAAAGAAAACCCUCUGUUGGCGUUAAAAGAGGGAUUUAACGCAGAGGCACAGCUUCAGCUUUGUGACUAAAGGUGUGGGCGCAUCAGGUGUUUUAGUGGCCUUAUUGCUUAUGAAUUUGUGAGAGCUUCCCUUUCACAGCACAGAGUCUUGGGUGGACAAUAUUUAAAUGAAUACAAAUGUGAGGCUUAGUGUUGGAAUCAAAUUGUUAAAUGUUGUCAUUGUGUUACUUAAAUUUGUAAGUCUUAGUUCAAACAGCAUGAUCAAAGACCUUCCUUUGUCUCUGACCACCUCUCCAGCCAGUUUGUUGGUGGGGGAGGCUGUAGUGUUUUAUUAUAGGCACAUCCUAUCUGAAGGUUCUGUUUUCUUGUUUAGUAAGCGUCCUGCUUUUAUGACCCUUUUGUGGGCAGGAGGUCACACAAACGCACCCCCAAACACACACACUCACAUACAUACACACAUACACACACGUGCUUACACGUGCACACACAUACACACAUAGUGCCUUGUCUUUUAUAACCAUAGGGGGGGUUUUACAAUGGGAGGUGCUUGUGUGUGCUGUAACUGUUUUCAAUAAAAGGCGGCAAGGAAGGCUGUUUAUUUGAUGCUGGCUAGGAGACGGGUGAGGAGCGUUCAGCUCCAAGAGCCUGGUUCUGACCAGUCUCCCUUGCUAGCAAGUAAAAACCGGUUAAAGAUGUUCGUCUUGUUUCCUUGCUUGUCGUUAACGGGAAUACGUUUCUAAAGCAGCGGGGCCUGUGGAAGCGCAGACCCAACACUUAGUGGUAAAAUAAUGCUGAAGAACACGUGGUAUUGUGGUUGUGGGAUAUAUGAUAGCUGGAGUGUUCAUUCAUUUGGAAUGAGUGGGAUGGUCCUGGGUCUCAGAGCCAGAGGUUUCCUGAGAGACAGCGAGAGAAAACAAGGAGGACCAUUUGGGGACCGUCUUAUUGAAACCAGAACUAAACUGAGUUUCAGGUUUUGUAGCUGCAUGCACAGAGAUCAGUACUACUCUCAGCAGUGCACAUGCAGUGUGUCAUGGUGUUUAUUCCUAUUAUGAUCUUGUGUUCUAGUGUAUUCGGGUUUAGACUUUUUAGUUAUUGGGGUCUGGGUUCUGUGCUCCCUCUGUUCUCUCUGUGUACCGUGUCUCUGAGUGCAGUCUGUGCAUUUCCUGUUUUACUUUGAAGGUGUCUGAUGUCAGUGUGUUCAGUUUUGCGCUCCCCCUAUUUUGUCAUGUUGAUUAGGUUCAGCCUCCCUCCUGUGCGUAUAUCUAUUGUGUGGUUACCAUCUGUGCAUUAUACCUGUUUCCCCGUGUUUCGUCUGCCACGUUCCUGGUUUUCAGGUUUUGUUCCCUGUGUUAUUGUUUGUAGCUUCGCCAAGUUUAGGUUUGGUUUACUUCUGUCCGUUUCCCUGCGCUUUUGGUCCUGUGGGAUUUCAUCAGCCAAAAUAAAGACUGGUUCCAUGUUAAUCCUCCUCAUGCGUCUGAGUCUACGUUUUGGGUCCUCACACACUCACACAGUGAUUUGCUGAUUCUGAGUCACACGCAGGAUUUUAAAAUGUCCAUCAAACUGCAGCUGUUUAUGUGACUGUCAGUGUAUCAUAU